UGGAGGCAGUUGGUGAGCGCUGAAGUCGGAGCGGCCAGAUCGUGCUGCUUUAGGCCACCCAAGCGCGCCGCGGGCGCACCCUUUUGCAUACUUACGUGGAGUCAUCCAUUCAACUCUAGGAGGAUUCAGGACAUGAAAUGUUGCCCCCCGCUUCCCCCUCCUUAUAUAACCAGACCCCGGAACUAGAUGCCUUGUCAGAUAGAGUGCUGACCAUCUUUUUAACUGGUUUAAAAGCAACUGAACAGAGAAAAUAUAUCCACGCUUCUAUAGCACGAUAUUGCUUAAAAGUCCCAAUUUGAAGAAGCAGCUAUUUCUCAAGACAGCAGUAAUAUCACUGAUGAGUUGGAAGCAGCAAAGGUAUUCCCAAUGGAGAACCAGAAUACUACAAAGGUACUUUCUGAGUGUUCUAAUACACAACGCAACUUGUAUUUGGGGCAUGGAAACUUGACCAAUAGUAUGAAGAAGAUGGACUCUCUCUUCACAAGAAGUUCAUCAGGUGCUCCAGUAGCAAAUGUGUGUACAAGCACUGUUAUCUCCGAGAGUGUGAACACUGUGAGAAGCACACUGAUGAACAAUCACUCUGGCACCAUGAAUGAUACAAAUGAUUUGACUUCUGCCAAGAGGAAAUCCGAAGUGAAAAUGAACAUUGAAAUUGCAAACAGCCAAGUGACACCGUCUAGAGACUUUUCUGACAGUACUGCAGCUGAUUAUGGAAUUACACCAGAGUUUUUUACAAAACAAUGCAAAGAGGAAUCCAAGAAUAUAUUAAAAAAAUUCAGACGACGGUCUACAAUUGGGGCACGAGGUUCUCCAGAAAAUAAUUCUCUCAUCCAAUAUAUUGCUCAACAAAGGAGAAUGAAGACACGAGAAACUUUGUUGCAAUCCAGUCCUUUUCAACAUCAGAACACGUUGCUGAAGGACAAAAUAGCUGCCUUCCAAUCUUCAUUUAAAUCCCUUGAAGAAACUGAAGAAAAAGCCAUCCAUAUUCACACUACUUCAAACACAAGACCGCAUGAGCCAUCAGAGUUGGGCCAGGCAUGGUCACUGGAGGAUAAGAAUAAUGUUUUUGAAGAAAACCUAAAUAAUAAAUUUAUGAAUGGAGAUGGUAUUUCAGCUGAUAUCCAGAUGCUUAGUACCAGAUUUCCAUCAUGGGAACCCCUUCUGUCUGGCACCAAUAUUAUGUCUAAGGCCAUUCUGGUCUCACCAGUGAAUACUGUGGAAUCUACAAGUGUGUCUUUGGCUGCUACUCCAAGUAUGGGCAUAUCGAAGAGUGAAUGUGGUCCCCAGUCUGUGAACAAAGAAUUAAGCAGAAAUGAUACGUCUCAACACAGCUGUAAGAAGGUUCGGUUUUCAGAAAAGCAGAGCUUGGAAAUCUUUGAUGAAAGCAAACCACCCAUCACCCCUGUGGAGAAAGGUCAUUUAUUUUCCAAUUCCCUACGUUCUGUUCUGAAGAAAACACCAGUCAAAAUCUUACCAGAAGGCUUGAAGGAUCUUCAAGGAUCAUCUGAGGAAGUAGCCACUCCAAUAUGUCCUGGGAUCUCUGACCUUGAAGAAAUAAAAAAUAAUUCUCCUGACCAUCUGGCUCCUUCAAUUAGAACUACUCGGACCUCUGCUAAAAGGAAGUGUGUAGUGAAAGCAGAAGAAAAGAAUCUUGCAACCAAAAUUGAAGCCAAGAAUCAGCCUGGCAAAUUCCAGAAAGCCAAAACUUCAACGAAAUCUAAAAAAGUCCCAGCCGCCCAACACAAAUUUACGGGGAAAAGGAAGAGGAGGGGGAAGAAGGAGCAGAAAGCAUUGUACGGGCAACGAGAGACAAUAUCGAAGAAACCUCUCUUGAGUCCGAUCCUGGAGGCAAUAGAAGAUGCCUCCUUUUUUUCCUCUCACCCAAACACACCAACUUUAAAUGUUUCUACCUCUGAUGAAUCUUUAAGUGACCUGCAUGCUAAAUUUAUCAGUGAAACUGCUGAAGACAAAAAGAGUCUACCACCUGCUAUAGAAGAGGACAGCCAUUGUCAGCAUUCCAGCCUGGAUCUUCAGGAAGAAGAUAGCAUGUCUAGUUCAUUCUUGCAGCUUCAAGACCUUGCUCUGAACAACAGAAAACAAUUGCUUCCGGGAUACUUGUCUGAAAAGAGCUCUCCUCAGAAAUUGAAGCGUUCUCUAAAUGGAAAUGGACAAGUGGUAGGAAGUGACUAUCUGUCAAGUGGGACAGAAAUGCAGCUGGAGGAGUUACUAAACAUGUGUGGAACUGGUAAAGAUAUCAAGGCUAAAGAAACUUCAUUUUUCAGUGUAGAUUUUGCAACAGAGCUAAUGAGUGAAAGCAAUCCGGUGAACUUUGAAAGUAUCCCAAGAAGCAACAGAAGAUUGACUGAAGACUUUCUGAAUACUGAGGACAUUCGGUCCAAAAGUCCUGGAAACAGUGCUGGUGUUGCUGGAGGAAAUCUGGGAGGCUUGCCACCUUGCUCUUGGACAGCAGAUGACGCUGCGCUUUUAAACCAUUUAUGCUCUGUUGAGGAAAACAGGAGUGUAACAAAAAGGGUGAGACGCAGCAUGAGGCUGCAGAAAGAUGCAGAAAGUGAGGGCCUUAACUGGAUUCAGAUCCCUGCUGAUGAUUUCCUAGGCCAAGUUCCUCUGGAGUCUGCCUGUAAAAUCCAAAAAAGGCUGUCAUCUUCCGGUCCUCAAGAAUCAAAGCAUGCUGUGAUUAGCACUUAUGGAUCAAGAAGAAGAAGGAGCUUAUGUGUACUGGAUGCUGAAAAAGAUCAGAGUGUCGCCUUCCACAUUCAGAGGAACAGAAGAGCCAGCCUGGGUUACAAAAGUGACCGCUGUCAUCGAAAGACUUCUGAAAUAAGAAAGUUCUUGAAGAAUCAACCUAUUCUUUAAAUUAAGGUUGAUGCUGUCUAAAAGAUGAAUGUGAAAGAUUUUGCUGCAGCCAUUCAUGUCGCACAGAGCUUUUAAUGUGGCCAUCAUUCAUAUGUAUUUUUUUUUUAAAUGUGUAGACCUUUGACUUCUUCCCUUUCCAUUUUUUUUUUUUCAGAAGGAAAUUGAGAGGAGUGGGUGAACUGAAAACAAAAAUGGAGAAAGGAAUGCCAGUAAAAUGGGUUCUACUCAGAAGUAAUUGGAAAUGUAUGAUUGCAUCUAGCUGACAAGGCUGAUCCACUGUAGGUUGGGUGGUUCUAAUUACUGACUGCUCGAUGGAGUUCUGCCAGAAAUGUGGAUAAGAGUCAAAACCAAACAUGUAUCACUGGAAAGGGGUCUCUAAACCUUUUGGACCAUGGACAUCAUUGAAGUACUAAAAUAAUAUCUUGGGUGCUACAACCUUUGGGUGGUAGACAAGGGCAGUCACAACAAGUUUUGUCGUCUUCCUUUCUCAAGGCAUGCAGCUGUGCAUGGGUUUUAUGCACCUAUAUGCGACAGGAGCGUUUCUAACACUUUUUAAAAAGUUUUGAUGUUCCCAGUUCAGAAGACUUUGGAAGGAUUUUUUAAAAAAUAGUUUCUGUAUAUUUUAGUUUUGUGGGUUAAGCAGUAAAUGAUCCAUAGCCAUUUAUUGCUACCAGAAGACACAAAAUAAAUACAUUUCAUUUUAAAACAUGGUCUUACAUUCCAGUUCUGAUGGUCUGAAAUGUGCAUUAUCUUAAAUCAUUUCACUUUUUGCAUUUUUGUUUUAUGGAUGCUGUUAAACGCUCUUACUGUUUUUGUACUGAGAAGCAGUAGGUAAAAUUUGGGCGGUGGGGGAGGCUUCACACUGUGUGUACAUGCUUGAAUGAUAAAUUGAGAUCCAUCUAUCAGACUUGGUUUGCUUCUGCAGCACAGUCACAUUUGGCAUCACAAGACAGUUUGCUAAUAUAUGAAGAAAGAUGGAGUGUAUAUAAUAAAGCAGUGAACCCAAGAUGAUUCAGAAAUUGUUAACAGCUAUCAUUUAGCCCUUCCAGUUCAAGUAAUAAUUGAAAGCUAGAAAUUGUAACCUGAGCAAAA